AUGAAGGAUAUCCACGACACAUGCCAAUGGGGUACAGGCGAGCCAUGGGGCGAAAAGCCAACGGAGACGGGUAUGAAGCGAUUGGCGCUGUCUGAUGCAGACAAGACUGCACGUGACUGGUUUGCAGAAACAACAAAGGCACUCGGCUGUGAGGUUACCGUUGACGCCAUGGGAAAUCAAUUCGCUGUGCGACCGGGACUACGGAACGACAAACCACCUACAUUUGCAGGAAGUCACUUGGAUACGCAGCCUACUGGUGGACGAUAUGACGGCAUUCUGGGUGUUACUGCUGGUGUGGAGAUGCUCAGAGUGCUCGCUGACAACUGGACGGAGACCGAGUACCCUGUCGGCGUUGUCAACUGGACUAACGAGGAGGGUGCGCGCUUCCCAAUGUCAAUGGUUUCCAGCGGAGUUUGGGCGGGCUCUAUUCCUCUUGAAACGGCGCAUAACCUUCGCGAAGUUCAUCCUGGAACCGCAACCAUGAAGUCUGAGCUUGAGCGCAUUGGCUACCUGGGGAGUACACCAGCGAGCUACGAGGCCAUGCCAAUGGCGGCGCACUUCGAACUUCAUAUCGAACAGGGCCCACUUUUGGAGAUGGCAAACAAGAAGAUCGGAGUUGUCACUGGAGUGCAAGCUUACAAAUGGAUGACUAUUAAAGUUAAGGGGCGAGACACACAUACCGGAACUACCGAUCUCAAAUCACGAGCUGACGCGCUGCUGACAGCGAGCAAAAUGAUCCUCCAUUCUCAUCGUCUUGCAACCGCCAACGCCGCACUAGCAUCCACGGGUAUACUCAACCUGAAGCCUGGCUCAACAAACACAGUGCCAGGCGAGGUAACUUUCAGCCUCGACAUCAGGGCACCGAAAGACGAGACAGUCGCGAAGAUGAAGGAACUAGUCCUCCGCGACUUCCCCAAGAUCGCUGCAGGCGAAGAUGUUGAAGGCUCAAACCACGGUUGCACAAGCGGUCUUCCACUCAGUGUUGAGAUAGUCGAGGAUUUUGACAGCCCAGCAACCAAGUUCCACGCAGACUGCAUCACGUCUGUCAGCCAAUCCGCGCGCAGUAUUCUCGGCCCUAACCAGUCUAUGGAGAUGACUUCUGGUGCUGGGCAUGAUAGCGUCUAUGCGAGUAAGCGCUGCCCGACGAGCAUGAUCUUCGUGCCGUGCAGAGAAGGUGUGAGCCACAACCCAAGGGAGUUCUGCAAGGAAGAGGACUGUGCACUUGGUGCCCAAGUUUUGCUACAGAGUGUGGUAAGGUUCGAUAGGAUGAGGGAUGAGAGGAGGGUUUCGUGGAAGCAGGAGCCGUACACUCUAUAA